UCCCCGCCUCUGGCUAUGACCUGCCGGUGCCUGACCUUCCUUAUGAUGGGGAACUUCAUGGCAGUCUUCCAGCCAGCCCUGGCCCAGCCGGAUGCACUGCUGGUCUUCCCAGGCCAAGUGGCCCAACUGUCCUGCAUGCUCAUCCCUCAGCAGGCCAACAUCGGGGACUAUGGUGUGUCCUGGUACCAGCAGCGGGCAGGCAGUGCCCCCCGCUAUCUCCUCUACUACCGUUCGGAGGAGGACCACCACCGGCCUGCUGACAUCCCUGACCGGUUCUCGGCAGCCAAGGAUGCAAUUCACAAUGCCUGCAUCCUGACCAUCAGCCCAGUGCAGCCCGAGGAUGAUGCGGAUUACUACUGCUGUGUUGGCUAUGGCUCUCGUUCCUAGGGAUGGGUGUGAGAUGAGUGCCUCCUGUCUGCCUCCCACUUCUGCCUCUGGCCUUGGGCCCCU